ACAUUGGUUGUUACAGAGUAGCAAGUGUUACUAUUUAUAACCUGGAUUCGCAUGAGAAGUUCAUCUUCUUCAAAUCUAAAGUUGGGGUUUUCACAAAGUUUUUCUUCAAAUAUUUGAACCGCAUCUUCUUCACGUUAUGGCUGGUAAUAUGCAUGUAGUGAUGGUUCCAUGGUUGGCGUUUGGCCACAUGAUCCCACAUCUUCAGCUAGCCAUUGCCUUGGCUGAAGCUGGAAUCCAUGUCUCAUUCAUAUCAACUCCAAGGAACAUCCAGAGGCUCCCUAAGCUUUCACCAACUCUACUACCGCUAAUCAACUUGGUGGCGCUGCCAUUACCGGCGGUUUUGGGCUUGCCGGAAGGCUGUGAGGCCACCGUCGACCUUCCCUUUGAGAAAAUCAAGUACUUGAAGAUUGCCUAUGCUUUAUUAAAACAACCCUUGAAGCGCUUUCUGGAGGGUGCAUCUCCGGAUUGGAUGAUCGUUGAUCUGCCGGUGGAUUGGGCGGCGGAGGCUGCUAGAGAGUGUGGUGUCCCCCUCCUGGCUUUCACUAUGUUUACUUCUGCCUCAAAUGUUUUCUUUGGGCCUCCAGAGUACCUGACCGGUGAUGGUCAGAGGAGGGUUCGACCUUCACCGGAAAGUAUGACAACACCGCCAGAGUGGGUCACUUUUCCAUCCCUGGUGGCCUACCGGGAAUUUGAGGCGAGAGGUGCCCACCCUGGUUUCUAUGGAGACAAUUCCUCGGGGACCACUGAUGCCGAUCGGAUCGCCACGACACUAAGUGCAUGUGACGCAGUGGCCAUCCGCAGCUGCAGGGAGUUUGAAGGUGAGUAUCUGAGUAUCUACCAAAAAAUGCUAAGAAAGCCAGUGAUUCCGGUCGGUCUGCUUCCACGAGAAGGAAGCCAUGAAAUCACAAAUCAAGCAUGGAGGAAGAUCUUUAAGUGGCUAGAUGAACAAAAGCCAAAGUCGGUUGUAUUUGUAGGGUUUGGGAGUGAGUGUAAGUUGAGCCAAGAUCAAGUUCACGAGAUAGCUUAUGGACUAGAGCUAUCCGAAUUGCCAUUUCUUUGGGCACUCAGAAAACCCAAUUGGGCUAUUGAAGAUGUCGAUGCCCUACCUUCCGGUUACAGUGACCGGACCUCCGGCAGAGGGGUGGUGUGUAUGGAAUGGGCACCCCAGAUGGAGAUUCUGGCACAUCCAUCGAUUGGGGGGUCCUUGUUUCAUUCUGGGUGGGGUUCAGCGAUUGAAACCAUGCAAUUUGGGCACUGUCCUAUUGUAUUGCCUUUUGUAAUUGAUCAAGGGCUGAAUGCAAGGCUGCUUGUGGAGAAAGGUAUGGCCGUGGAAAUAGAGAGAGGCGACGAUGGAUCAUUUAGCAGGGAUGACAUAGCCAAGUCUUUGAGACUAGCCAUGGUGAUGGAGGAAGGCGAGAAACUGCGGAUUCGUGCAAGAGAAGCAGCCAUGAUCUUUGGUGACCAAAAGCUGCAUCAGAGCUACAUUGAUGAGUUGGUCAAGUAUUUGAAAGGUGGGAUUGCAAAGGAGAAGUGAUCACCAAGUCUAUGGUAGAUAAGAAGGUUUCUAUUAUAUCUGGGAAGGAAAAAUGUUCAAAAAUUAUCUAUCAAGUAUUUUAUUUUAUUAUUU